AUGGACACAAGCUUGCACCAAUCGGUUCCGCACUUGGCGAGACCUAAGCAGGAGCCCGCUAGCCGUCAGAUUUCUGAGCAUGAGACGGCUAGCCGUCAGCUCUCUGAGGAUGCGUCGGCUAGCCGUCAGCUGACUGAGGAUGCGUCGGCUAGCCGUCAGCUGUCUGAGGAUGAGUCGGUCAGCCGAGAGGUGUGGGAGCAGGAGUGGGGGCUGCGGGGGUUGAAGUUGGAGGGGAUGGUGGCGCGGCGCGAGUUGGAAGAGAUGGUGGCGCGGGUGGUGGGCUCCGAUGGGCACAACUGGCUCAAGUACGGCCAGAAGCAAGUGCAGCGCUCCAACGCCACCAGGUGCUACUACAGGUGCAGUCGCGCCAAGACCAGCCUGCGCUGUUCCGGCAAGAAGACCGUUGACAUCAACUGCCGCUAUGGCUCCGACCCUCUCUCCCCCCACGCCAUCCAAGUCUCCUACCGCUGCCGCCUCCACAACCACCCCACGCCUCCCAUCAGCCGUCCGCCCAGCCACCCUACCGUCCCCAUUGACGGCCCUACCAAGCGGCCCACUUACCGCCGAACUUACCGGCCUCUCGACCGGCCCAUGAGCCACCAUGUCAACCUCGCGGCUUCACACGGUGGUGUUGGCUUCACUGCAGCGUCUAUGGCUGUUCGCCUUGCGGAUCUUGCUGCAGCUCUCACUUCCCCGGACGGUCGAUCCGAUGCAGAUCUGAACGGCCGGGGAGCUGAUUCUGCAGCCCUCUGGCACUCUCCCUGCCAGAAGGAGCAGCCAUCAGAGAGAAAUCUCCUGCCUGCGUGGGACGUUUCCCCAGUGUCUCCCCUGCCGACCCGCCUCCAGCCCUCUCCUCGGGGGCUGGCUGGGCUUAUCCCCGUUAAUGGCUGCUCCACUGACCUCAACAAUGCUGCUGCUGUUCACAUGCAGAGGUCCACAAUCUAUGAGGAACUGCGGCUUCUGGAUCUCAGAUCUCAGAUGCAAGGAGAAGAUGACGGCCGUCGAUUGUAUAGCGAGGAGGAGGAUCCGACGGAUGAGAUCUACUCUUCUCUGGGAGCAAUAUCGCCUACAAAUCAAGACCUUCAAGAGCUCCGAGAGAUGUCACUGCGUUCCACAGCCAGACACGUGGCACUUCUACCAGAAUUUCCUGACGCAGGGUUGAUCGAGGAGGAGCAGACCGCUGGUGGUGUGGUGGUGGGCAAUGGGGAGAGCUUGAUUCUUGAUUUGCAUGGGGAUGGGGAGGAAGGGUCUGUGCACGGUCGUUCUGGGACGGGAAUGGCAGCACCGAUGGGGCAUGUGCUGGGUGCUUCUUUGUCUGGCUCUGGUGCUGUAUUCGAUGCUCCUCUGUUUCAGACCCAGAAGGAGCCGUUGACUCAACAUACAUCUUUGACUGGCUGCUGUGCUGUGUCUGAUGCUACUGGGUUUCAGACCCAGCAGGAUGUGAUGGUGCUGCAGCAACAGCGACAGCAGGAGAAGCAGCAACAGCAACAACCACAGCAGCAGCAGCAACAGCAACAACCACAGCACCAGCAGCAGCAGCAGCAGCAGCAGCCGUCAAAGCAGACGGAUCAAGUGACAGCGUUGCUGCUGUUUCUGGUUGAUUCCUUCGUGCAGAGCAACAGCACUGGUGUAAAGCGACCUGCCUCAGCCGCGCUGGGGACUCUUACUGCCAAUCUCCCUGCCUCUCUCACAGCCGCUCUCCCUGCCCCUCUCCGUGCCUCUCUCCCUUCCUCUCUCCCUGCAGCGCCGUCUGCUGCUCUGUCGGACUCAGCCGCGUGUAUAUCACAGCCUCUUUCAGCCACCACCUUUGGUACGCUUAGGAAUGUGCGGAAGCGACCAGCCUCAGCGAUGGAUGGACCGCCUCCUGCUCUCCGUGCCACUGACCAAGCCUCCCAGAUUGCAAUGUUCCCAACCACUUCCGAGUGCGCAAUGUUUGGCUCAUUGCACCAGCAGCAAGCUACCAGCAUGUUGAAGCCGUUGAUUCCAGCAGCAGUAGUUGCGUUUCUAGGGGGGGCCAGCACCAUCCGGGUUUCAGACUUUGCAGCCGUUGGUGUGCGGAAGGAGCUGCAGUCAUGGCUCGAGGGUGUGGCUUAG